AUGUCAGAAAGUAGGAGAAGAAGACGUGAACAGGACGAUGAUUCCGGUUCUGACGAUGAGCUACCACCUUCGUCACCUCAGCAUGGGUUCAGCAGACGGAUGAACCCAGUAUCGUCACCGUUUGGCUCUCCUGGUGAUGAUGAGAUGGAGAAUCCCGAAGGUGCGGACGAUGAGAUACAAGAUGACCCAGAUCUCGAGGAGCUUGAAGAACAGAUGAACGAAGUUGAUCUUAUGGGAGAUGACAUGUACGCGGAUUAUGGUUCAGAUCCUAACAAGGAUAAGUACGACGCAGCCGGUAUCGACGAUAAUGAGCAUGAGGAGCUCUCUCUGUCCGAGCGUCGUAGAAUCGAUGCGCAACUCAAUCAGAGGGAUAGAAUCCUGAGGAAUGCGGCUUACAUGGACGAUGAUGAAGGCGAGGGCGGUGGUGACGACCGGUUGGACGAACUGGGUCUGCCUAUUCAAAGACGCCGGCGUAGAAGGCGGUACGAGAAGGGUACGCAUAGUGACGAUGAUUUACUGAGCGACAUGGACAUCGACCCGCUUACUGAAGAACUAACGCUGGAGUCUCUGAGCAACGUCAAAGCAAACAGCUAUUCCGAGUGGAUCACUCAGCCGAAUGUCUCCAGAACUAUAGCAAGAGAACUGAAAUCAUUUCUGCUUGAAUACACGGAUGAUACCGGCCGGUCAGUGUACGGUGCUCGCAUCAGAGUUUUAGGUGAAAUGAACUCAGAGUCUUUGGAGGUCAACUAUAGACAUCUUGCCGAGUCGAAAGCAACCCUCGCACUUUUCCUGGCAAGAUGUCCCAGCGAAAUGCUGAAAAUAUUCGAUUUAGUGGCCAUGGAGGCAACGGAACUCCAUUAUCCAGAUUACGCCCGUAUACAUUCAGAGAUUCAUGUCAGAAUAUCAGACUUCCCAACUAUCCAUAGCUUAAGAGAGCUGCGUGAAUGUAAUCUUAACUCACUGGUGCGCGUCACUGGUGUCGUCACCAGGAGGACUGGUGUGUUUCCUCAAUUGAAAUAUGUCAAAUUUAACUGUUUGAAGUGCGGUUCAGUGCUAGGCCCUUUUUUCCAAGACUCUAACGAUGAGAUUAAGAUUUCGUUCUGUACCAACUGUAAAUCGAAAGGUCCUUUUAAUGUGAACGGCGAGAAGACCGUUUAUCGUAAUUAUCAGAGACUUACUCUGCAGGAGGCACCAGGUACCGUUCCCGCGGGACGACUGCCAAGACAUAGAGAAGUAAUAUUACUAGCGGACUUGGUCGACAUCUCCAAGCCAGGUGAGGAAGUUGAAGUUACCGGAAUAUACAAGAAUAAUUAUGACGGUAAUUUGAACGCCAAGAAUGGUUUUCCGGUGUUUGCCACUAUCAUUGAAGCGAAUUCCAUCAAGAGAAGAGAAGGAAACAGUGCCAAUGGUGAAGAGGAGGGACUGGAUGUUUUCAGUUGGACAGAGGAGGAGGAGCGUGAGUUCCGGAAGAUGUCUAGAGAUCGUGGAAUAAUAGAUAAGGUUAUAUCCUCGAUGGCACCUUCGAUCUAUGGCCAUAAAGAUAUCAAAACAGCGGUAGCCUGUUCGCUGUUCAGCGGAGUGCCGAAAAAUGUUAACGGUAAGCAUGCCAUUCGUGGUGAUAUUAACGUUCUACUGCUUGGUGACCCUGGUACUGCUAAAUCACAAAUCUUGAAGUACGUCGAGAAGACGGCGCACAGAGCAGUUUUUGCCACUGGCCAAGGCGCCUCUGCUGUCGGUCUGACUGCAUCUGUUAGAAAGGAUCCAAUCACCAGGGAGUGGACAUUGGAAGGCGGUGCAUUGGUCUUGGCAGACAAAGGCGUCUGUCUAAUCGAUGAGUUUGAUAAAAUGAAUGAUCAGGAUCGUACAUCUAUCCAUGAAGCGAUGGAACAACAAAGUAUAUCUAUUUCGAAAGCAGGUAUUGUGACUACUUUACAGGCCCGGUGCUCUAUUAUAGCUGCAGCAAAUCCAAACGGUGGUCGAUAUAACUCCACUCUUCCGUUGGCCCAAAACAUUUCCCUAACGGAACCAAUUCUGUCCAGAUUUGAUAUCCUAUGUGUUGUCAGGGACUUAGUUGAUGAGGAAGCAGACGAGCGACUGGCGGCUUUCGUCGUUGACUCGCAUGUUAGGUCGCACCCAGACAGCGGGUUGGAUGACGAUGAGAAAGAAGAUAAGAGGGGAAAUAAUGAGGCUGAAGACGACGAUAUGGAUGAAGAAUCUGCUCGGAUGUCUGCCAGACAAAGACGCUUAGAUCGGCAAAGGAAGAAGGAAGAAGAGGUCUCUCCAAUUUCUCAAGAACUACUGAUAAAGUACAUUCACUAUGCGAGAACUAAAAUUCACCCAAAACUGCAUCAAAUGGACAUGAAUAAAGUCAGUCGAGUCUAUGCCGAUCUGAGAAGGGAGAGCAUCUCAACGGGUUCUUUUCCUAUCACAGUCCGUCAUUUGGAAUCGAUUUUAAGAAUAGCAGAGUCUUUCGCAAAGAUGAGACUCUCUGAAUUUGUUUCUUCAUGGGAUUUGGAUAGAGCAAUUAAAGUUGUGGUUGAUUCAUUUGUGGAUGCCCAGAAGAUUAGUGUACGCCGUCAAUUGCAAAGAUCGUUUGCUAUAUAUACUCUGGGCCAUCAAAGAAACUCGUGA